AUCUUUCAAUUGUGCUCCGAGCUGCCGCCAGCGCCAGCCGCAGCAGCUCCGGCUCCUCCUGCGCCCGCCCGCCUGCCCGCCCUCCAUCCCUCCCUCCCUCCCUCCCGCACGGCAGCCGCGCUCGCCCAGCGGACGGGGUGUAAGGCAGCGACGUCGGCAGGAGCAUGGCCCGUACCAAGCAGACCGCCCGCAAGUCCACCGGUGGCAAGGCGCCCCGCAAGCAGCUCGCCACCAAAGCCGCCCGCAAGAGCGCGCCCUCCACUGGCGGGGUGAAGAAGCCGCACCGCUACAGGCCGGGUACCGUGGCUCUGCGUGAAAUCAGGCGCUAUCAAAAGUCCACCGAACUUUUGAUCCGCAAACUCCCCUUCCAGCGUCUGGUGCGUGAAAUUGCUCAGGACUUCAAGACAGAUCUGCGCUUCCAGAGCGCUGCCAUCGGUGCUUUGCAGGAGGCAAGUGAAGCCUACUUGGUUGGGCUGUUUGAAGACACCAACCUGUGUGCUAUCCAUGCCAAACGUGUCACAAUCAUGCCAAAAGAUAUCCAGCUAGCACGCCGCAUACGUGGGGAGCGUGCCUAAAGCCUCGCCACCGUGGGUCUGUCAUCCUCCAAGCAAAAUCUUCUUCCUGUUAUUGGUAGUAAUGAACGUUAGAUAUUUUUUCCAUGGGGUUAAAAGGUACCUUAAGUAUAUGGUUGCAAGUGGAAAAAUAGGGGACAGAAUUGGGUAUUGGCAAGUUUUCUUUCCAUUUUCAUUUGUGUGUGGAUUUUUAAUAUAAACAAGGGGGACGUAAAAAUAAACAAUGCGGUCAAAAAAAAAUAAAAAUAAAAAAUGUGAAUCGUUGAAACUUGUUCACCAAAACAACUUUAUAAAAAAAAAAUUAUAAAUAAACCUGUCAAAUUUUUCUGGACAAUGCCAGCAUUUGGAUUUUUUUAAACAAGUAAAUUUCUUAUCAAUGGCAACUAAAUGGUGUUUGUAGCAUUUUUAUCAUACAGUAGAUUCCAUCCAUUCACUAUACUUUUCUAACUGAGUUGUCCUACAUGCAAGUACAUGUUUUUAAUGUUGUCUGUCUUCUGUGCUGUUCCUGUAAGUUUGCUAUUAAAAUACAUUAAAUGAU